UUUGCCAUGACGUGGUCAGUGCUGUUUCCUUCCUGUUACUCACAAGCCUGUGCUGGAGAUAAGGGUACAUUUCAGUACAUUAAAAAAAAAAAAAAAAAACCAUUGAAGACUAGAAAAACACAGUAACUCAUUUUUACACCAUUUUGUACCUCAGAAGAUUUUUUCUUAAGGGCUUGAAGUUCUUUAUGUCUUCUGCUUAUUUACAGUAAGGGGAAGACAUCUCAAUGAAGAAAAAUAAGUCAACGGAAGGCUUCCUUUUUUUAUAUUAAAAGACUGGAAAACUCAGAAAAUUUGUGUUUUUGACACCUGUGAUUUGUACAGCAAGUUGAAUAUUGAAAUCUUCAUCUGAUACUCGAACCUAAAAUUUUUUCUCAUGAAGCAUUAAGGGGAAUGCUUUAUUAUGGCUGCUGUUGUACAACAGAACGAUCUAGUCUUUGAAUUUGCCAGUAACGUCAUGGAGGAUGAGCAACAGGAAUGCCAGCCCUUGAAUUCUGGCUGUGAUGAAGAUAAGGAAAACCUUCUUGGUGAUCCUGCUAUUUUCCCGGCUGUUAUUGUGGAACAUGUUCCUGGUGCAGAUAUCCUUAAUGGUUAUGCUGGUCUAGCCUGUGUGGAUGAACCUAGUGAUAUGAUUACUGAAAGUUCAUUGGAUGUUGCCGAAGAAGAAAUUAUUGAUGAUGAUGAUAUCACUCUUACAGUUGAAGCUUCUUGCCAUAAUGGAGAUGAAACGAUUGAAACAAUUGAAGCUGCUGAGGCCCUUCUCAAUAUGGACUCCCCAGGUCCAAUGCUGGAUGAAAAAAGAAUGUCUAAUAUAUUUGCUUCAUCUGAAGAUGAGAUUGUUGUUGCACCCAUUACCCAUGUAUCAGUCACACUGGAUGGGAUUCCGGAAGUGAUGGAAUCACAUCAAAUUCAAGAUACGUACAUAGAAUCCCUGGAAACUACAAUACCAGAACAACCUAAGAGAAAGAAAGGGAGAAAAAGUAAACCACUUCGACCAGAUUCCCCAGCUACUACACCAAAUAUAUCUUUAAAGAAGAAAAACAAAGAUGGGAAGGGAAAUACAAUUUAUCUUUGGGAGUUCUUAUUAGCACUUCUUCAGGACAAGACCACCUGUCCCAAAUACAUCAAGUGGACCCAGAGAGAGAAAGGAAUUUUUAAACUAGUGGAUUCUAAAGCUGUGUCUAAAUUAUGGGGAAAACACAAAAACAAACCUGAUAUGAAUUAUGAAACUAUGGGAAGAGCUCUCAGGUACUAUUACCAAAGGGGUAUUUUGGCUAAAGUGGAAGGUCAGCGCUUGGUUUAUCAAUUUAAAGAAAUGCCAAAAGACCUUAUUUACAUAGAUGAUGAAGAUCCUAGUUCCAGCUUAGAAUCUUCAGAUCCAUCAUUGUUAUCUUCAACAACCACUUCUAGCAGAAACCAACCGACCAAAUCCAGAGUGUCUUCAAAUCCAGGGAUAAAAGGAGGAUCUGCCACUGUUCUGAAACCAGGGAAUUCUAAAUCUAAACUCAAAGAGCCUGGGGAAGCCCCACAGACACACCUGUCUACUCUGUCACCUGAGGUUGUGAGGACAGUUCAAUCAUCACAGGCUCCACAUCCUGUUCAGCUCUUUCGGACUGUUCACCUUAUGCAGCCAAUACAAGCUGUUUCAGAAGGGCAAGGAGCUGUAACCAGUAACAUGCAAGAUGAAACAUUAAAUUCUUCUCUUCAAAAUAUUAGGACUCUCCAGACUCCUACCCAAGUUCCUGUAGUGGUUUCUCCUGGGAAUCAGCAGUUGCAUACAGUCACACUCCAGACAGUGCCACUUACAACAGUCAUAGCCAGCACAGAUCCAGCAUCAGGAACUGGGUCUCAGAAAUUUAUUUUGCAAGCCAUUCCAUCAUCACAGCCUAUGACUGUCCUGAAAGAAAAUGUCGUGCUGCAAUCCACAAAGCCAGGCUCUCCUCCUUCAUCUAUUGUUUUCAGUCCUGCCCAUGUUCUUACUAGCAAUGUCCAGACCCUUUGUAAUGGGACAGUCAGUGUGACUUCAUCUCCAUCCUUCAGUGCUACUACUCCUGUGGUGACCUUUUCCCCUCGAAAUUCACAGCUGGUUGCUCACCCACCAGGCACUGUGAUCACUUCAGUAAUCAAGGCGCAGGACACAAAAGAAACUGUUAUACAAGAAAUGAUAAAACAGGAGGUGGAAGAUAACAGGAUAGAAGACCUUGAACCAGAGCAGAAUAUUGAGCUGCAGUCACAGCCCAUUGUAGUAAUGGUGUCAAGUUCUAAUGGAUUCCCACCCCAUGUGACUGUGAGAAGAGACAGUGAACAUUUGGAGUCCAUUUCUUAUUAAUAUACCAAACAAAUUAUGGAUGAAUUUUAAAAAAUUACUGCAAUAUUUUUUUGUUGUGUAUAAAGGAUUUGAUUCUGAAGCAAAUGUUAUAGAGCACUGUAAUUUUGAUAAUUAAUUAUUAGUCAAAACUUAGUUUUGCUUUUCUGUUAAAUGUUUAAAAAAAAAAAUCUGCGCCUGCUCCAAGGACAUAUUUUAGAAUUAAAGCAUGAAGGAACAUGCAUUUUAUAUUAUGAAGGCUUUCUUUGCAGAUCUUUGUCUCAGUUGCUAUAAUGUAUCUUUAAAAAAAAAAAACCCCAAAACAAAACCUUAUUUCUGAUCCUACAUUAUGGUAGCUUUUCUGUUUCCAAUGUAAAUAUAUUAGUUCAAUAUAAGGCAACAGUUUAUGUAGAAACUAUGUUCGUUCCACUUCAAGCUUAACAAUAGCAAAUAUCAAGUGAUUUAUCUCAUGAUACAUUUUAAAAAUUGAUUUCUGUUGCCCAUCUGCUUCCCAUUAUAACACCAUAUAAUAAAAAAUUUGGUGUGCAAAAUGUAAAA